UUUUUUUUUUAGAUCGGUGGAGCCUCCACGCUUUAGCCUUUUUUUUUUUUUUUUUUUGCCCUCCCACACCAUGUUCGUGGGAAUCCUGGAACACCGGCAACACUGAGGUGCGCAGCUGGGGGACGGGAAACGCGCAAUUUCCCGUCAUGGUGAACCAGGUCCAGCGAACGGACGGCAGCUGGCAGUCAUGCAAGAGCGACUCCAGCGGGGCAGGCACCAGCGGCGGCGAGAGCUCCAAGGAGAGCUCCCGGUGUUCCACGCCGGUGCUGGACGCAGACCGUUCGGACAGGCUGCGGGACAAGAUGAGGCGGCGGAUCGACUCCGGGGACCGCUGGUUCUCUCUUGAAUUCUUUCCCCCUCGGACGGCGCCCGGUGCCGUCAAUCUCAUCUCCAGAUUUGACCGUAUGGGCUCCGGAGGGCCACUCUUCAUCGACAUUACAUGGCAUCCGGCUGGAGAUCCGGGGUCAGACAAGGAAACUUCGUCCAUGAUGAUUGCCAGCACGGCAGUCAACUAUUGUGGCCUGGAGAGCAUCCUCCACCUAACGUGCUGCAACCAGACCAAAGACCGCAUCACUGGCUACCUGGCCAAAGCGAAGCACCUGGGCCUGAAAAAUAUCAUGGCUCUCAGAGGAGACCCGUUGGGUGCAGAUUGGGAGGAAGAGGAAGGAAGCUUCAACUACGCUAUUGACCUCGUCAAACACAUCCGAUCAGAGUUCGAUGACUACUUUGAUAUAUGUGUAGCAGGUUAUCCCACUGGCCACCCUGAGGCAGAGAGCUACGAGGAAGACGUGCGACACCUGAAGGAGAAGGUGGACGCCGGAGCAAACUUCGUCAUCACGCAGCUCUUCUUUAGGGCGGAAACCUAUCUGAAAUUUCUCGACGACUGUCGGGCAGUUGGGAUCACAUGUCCCAUCCUUCCUGGGAUCUUCCCCAUUCAGGGCUACCAAUCUCUACGGCAGCUUGUCAAUCUGUCAAAACUGGAGGUGCCGGAGGAGAUCAUGAAAGUCAUCGAGCCCAUCAAAGACAAUGACGCGGCCAUCCGUAACUACGGAAUCCAACUGGCGGUGGAGAUGUGCAAAGUGUUGCUGCAAAGUGGCAAAGUGCCCGGCCUGCACUUCUACACUCUAAAUCGGGAGGUCGCCACCAUGGAAGUCCUCCGGCAACUCGGCCUGUGGAUAGAGGACCCCAGACGGCCUCUUCCCUGGGCAGUGAGCGCACAUCCCAAACGAAAGGUGGAGGACGUGCGCCCCAUUUUCUGGGCAUCCAGGCCCAAGAGUUACAUCUACAGGACCCAGGACUGGGAUGAGUUCCCAAAUGGCAGAUGGGGUAACUCCUCAUCUCCAGCUUUUGGUGAGUUAAAUGAUUACUACUUGUUCUACUUGAAGAGCAAGUCAUCCAAAGAUGCCCUGCUGCAGAUGUGGGGGGACGAGCUGAAGAAUGAGGCGAGUGUCUUUGAGGUCUUUACCUGCUACAUCACGGCUCAGCCAAAUCGCAACGGACACAAGGUGAUGUGCAUGCCGUGGAACGAUGAGCCUCUGGCCCAAGAAACCAACCUACUGAAGGACGAACUGGAGAAAGUGAACAGACGAGGGGUGCUCACCAUCAACUCCCAGCCUAACAUCAACGGCAAGCCCUCCACAGACCCGAUCGUGGGAUGGGGUCCCCCCGGAGGCUACGUCUUUCAGAAAGCCUAUCUGGAGUUCUUCACAUCCAGCGAAAAUGUGUCCGCUCUCCUCGAAGUCCUGAAGAAGUAUGAACCCCGUGUCAAUUACCACAUUGUUAAUGUACACGGCCAUAACCUCACCAAUGCUCCGGACAUGCAACCUAACGCUGUGACGUGGGGCAUAUUCCCUGGCAGGGAGAUCGUUCAGCCCACCAUUGUGGACCCAGUCAGCUUCAUGUUCUGGAAGGACGAGGCCUUUGCCUUGUGGAUCGAGCAGUGGGCCAAACUGUAUGAAGAUGAGUCACCUUCUCGGAUGAUCAUCAAAUACAUCCACGACAACUACUUCCUGGUGAAUCUGGUGGACAAUGACUUCCCAUUGGACAACUGCCUGUGGCAGGUGAUCGACGACAUGUUUCAACAGCUGGAUGCUACGCCACAGUCGGCGCUCCUUGAAGUAUCAUCUUAGUCCGAUGCAAUCCGGUUUUUACAGAAGGACACACACAUAAAAAAAAAAAAAAAAAAAUCACCACUAAAGCUAUUAUGGAAUGCUGCUAUUAGAAAGAAAAUGUUUACUACGCAAUAUUUUUUAGUCAGUCGAUAUUUGUUUGCUUUUGUACUUUUAGGACUUUAGCCAGUUAGACGAGAAAAUGGAAAGAUUAUAACAUCAUAGGAAAUUCUUUUCAUUUAUUUUAUCGAUGUGAGCCAUACUAUAUGUUACUCCAAAUAUAACUGUGUUCACACUCCAGGUCAAUCCUCCAACUCCAAUGUGACAUGUAGCAGAUUAUUUUGUUUUUAUGUUAAUGUGAAUAGUACAGUUCGAUUUUUGUUACUUCUGACCCAGGCCUGUUUUAUAUAUGGUUGUAAAUGAGAUAUGUAUCUGAAUGAAGUGAGUCGCGCUCAUGCGACCUAUAGGUACUGUAUACCCAUAUUAGUUUUACAACGGCAAAAAAAAAUAUGAAUUAGGCAUCAUGUCUUGCUAUGUAAAUGUUGUCUGUUUGUUUUUAGUUGUUUUUCCGGAUUUUUUUUUCAUUUGCAUAUUUUCAAUAACUGUAAAUGUAUUUUUUUAAUAGCAAUUUUACUAAAAUGUCCCAUUUUGUGUAAAACCCCACAGCACGGGAGCAUUAAAGUUAGAAAACUUU